GAUAUUUUACUUCCGAGUUGGGCGUUCGGUAAAAAUACGCAACAAAUAAAAAGAGAAAUAUCGCCAUCUUCGUGCAAAGAUUUUGAUGUGAAUAUAGUUUUACUCAUUUAUUAUUUGGUUUAAUAUCAUUUUAAGCUAAAGAAAAUCGUGUUUAAUUUACAUGUAUCUGUGUUUGUUAUUUGGAAUAUUAAAGAAACUGUUUUUAAAAUCGAAAGUGGACGAUUUUAUCAAUAGAAUUUCGAAAUGGAAAAGGAAAACACUUUUGUUUCAAACCAAGACAAAGCAAGCGAUUUCGAUUACAAAUGUGAUGCAAUGCCACUAUGCGAACCCUGUUUUAGAAAUAAAUCUUCUAAGGCAGCCACGGUUUUCUGCAAAGACUGUUCAGAGCUGUUUUGUGACCAGUGCAGUCAUCUUCACACGAUAUUCAAACCAGGCAAACAUGAUAUCAUUAUUGUUGCUGACAUUGAUUCAAUCCGCGUCGUGGUGGACAUGAAAGGUAAGGACGUUUGUCAAGAACACAAUGAGAAAAUCAAGUUUUACUGUCAGGACCAUUCAAAGCUUUGUUGUAGUAAAUGUGCCUUCUUACAUCGGAAAUGCGAGCAUGUAGAUGAAAUUUCUAGCUCGUAUGAACAAACACAUUCUGAGCUUAAUGCGCUGAAGGAAUCAUUGCAAACAAUAGAAUCCGAUGCUGAAUACAUUAUUGAUUACUGUAAGAAGUCAGAAAAUGGCUUGAAUGAGUCCAUUAAAAACAUGUCUAAAGAGGUAGCUGAAAUGAAAACCCGAUUCAUUCAACUGUUUGAAGACGCGGAGAAGAAGAUGUUAACUGAGGCCAAUGCAGUUAAGUGUGAAGAGUCGAAAAGGUUAGGUGGCAGGUCUGCAGAAUGUGCGAAAAUUAAAGUAGAGAUAGCUCAAAUUGUACAUACGUGUUCUAGUGUUUUGGAACACGGAACGCCACAGCAAAUGUUUAUAUUGUUAAAACUUAUUGACGAGAAGCAUCAACAAAUGAAAGGAAGUAUCAGUGCACAACAACAGUUGCAACUGACACCAAAACUGGCAAUGUCAUUUCCUAGAGAGUUAUACGAACUAUUUGCAUUGGGAGAAAAUGUCAUGAAGCUGAAUAGCUAUAACAACAAAACAGGUAUUGAUGAGGAAGACAUUGAUGUCCCCACUGAUGCAGGAGAUGCUACCACAGAAGACAUGCCACCCCUCGAAGAGGUGGAGGACGAUGCAUCACGCAUGGAGGAAGUCGACUAAAUACACAUCAAGGUGCCAUCAAAGACUUUUUUUAGAGGUGGCCCAGAGUGGGGCUGUUGUCAAGCUGUUUUAUAUAGCAUCAUACCAUCAUGUGGCUUUGGUUUUUACAUCAUGUUCAUAUCGAUGUUGAGUUUAUCAUUUAAAGUAUCAUUAAUACUUAGCAUAAUGUUUACAAAUUUGAAACAAUGCGUAUGUGAUUCAGUCUUAACAUUUUAAAUGUUGUUUGAGACCCAAAACUUUUCAUCAUUAAACCAAGCAAUUUUCAGUAUCAGUUUUGUUCUGUUCAAUCUGUGAUUAUUUUGUAUAAAAAGCAUUUGUUUGCUUUACAAUAAAAAAGAAAAAAAAACUCAUGAAGAAUGAUUUCAAACUUUAGUGUUUUGAUUGUUUCUGUAGUGUAUGUACUUCAGUUUCUUCAAAAUGUGUUUGAAUGUUUUCUUCUAUGAUAAAAUAAAACAGUUAAAUUA